GAGCAAGCACGAGCAGCUCGGGAAGCAGCAGCGGCGACUCCGCAACCGCAAACAUCUUGCCCCCUCCUCCCCCACUCAUUAAUGGCGGCCACUGUAUGCUGGGCGUCGGCACCCAUCUCCUCCAUCAAUGCCGCCACCCACCUCCCCCAUCUACUUAACGCGACCCAAGGCACGGGCCGUUCCGUCCAAUCCACCACGGCACCGCCCCCACCCCCACCUCAUCAGUUAUCCAUCCCACCACCUCACCACGGCGCCGGCUGCCCCGGCCAGCUCCGUCCCGGGGUCCUCGAGCUGGAGGUGGGGGUGGAUGACCGGUUACUGGACUUGUUCUUGGAGUGGUAGUUUCGUGGUUGGUGAGCGGUUUCGCGUUCGAGCAUAGGACACUGGGCACGCGCUCAAGGCGUUCGACUGAUUGCCGACGAGAGCACAAGCACCACCUCUGCCCACUCCGUCUCCAUGGUUGGGAGCGUGCACGUGAACGGGUCCGCGAACGGCGCCAACGGCACCGAGGAGCGGCUGGACGAGCUGCGCCAGCUGCUCGGCAAGUCCGAGGGCGACUUGCUCAAGAUCGUCAGCAUCGGCGCCGGGGCCUGGGGCAGCGUCUUUGCUGCUCUCCUGCAGGACGCCUACGGCCAUUUCAGGGAGAAGGUGCAGAUACGGGUGUGGCGCCGGCCAGGGCGGGCGGUGGACCGGUCCACCGCGGAGCAUCUCUUCGACGUGAUCAACUCGAGGGAGGACGUGCUGAGGCGCCUCAUCCGCCGGUGCGCUUACCUGAAGUACGUCGAGGCGCGGCUGGGGGACAGGACCCUGUACGCCGAUGAGAUUUUGAGGGAUGGGUUCUGUUUGAACAUGGUCGACACGCCGCUCUGCCCAUUGAAGGUGGUCACCAACCUGCAAGAAGCUGUCUGGGAUGCUGAUAUCGUGGUGAAUGGGCUGCCGUCCACCGAGACAAGGGAGGUCUUUGAGGAGCUCAGCAACUACUGGAAGGAGCGGAUCAGUGUUCCGGUGAUCAUUUCUCUUGCCAAGGGGAUAGAGGCCUCCUUGGACCCAAUUCCUCGUAUCAUCACGCCUACACAAAUGAUCAGUUCUGCAGCUGGAGUUCCAACUGAGAAUAUACUCUAUCUUGGAGGUCCAAACAUUGCCUCGGAAAUUUAUAAUAAAGAAUAUGCAAAUGCUCGAAUCUGUGGAUCCAAUAAGUGGAGGAAACCUCUCGCUAAGUUUUUGAGGCAACCACAUUUCAUUGUCUGGGAUAACAGUGACCUUGUCACUCAUGAGGUGAUGGGUGGCCUGAAGAACGUCUAUGCUAUUGGUGCUGGAAUGGUGGCAGCUUUAACAAACGAGAGUGCAACAAGCAAAUCAGUUUAUUUUGCUCACUGCACGUCCGAGAUGAUAUUCAUUACACAUCUGCUGACAGAACAGCCAGAGAAACUUGCUGGCCCGCUUCUGGCUGAUACUUAUGUAACUCUCCUAAAAGGUCGCAACGCAUGGUACGGGCAAAUGCUAGCAAAGGGAGAACUCAGGCUCGAUAUGGGUGACAGUAUCAAGGGAAAGGGGAUGAUUCAGGGUAUUUCUGCUGUUGGUGCAUUUUUUGAGCUGCUCAGCCAACCCAGCUUAAGUGUCCAACAUCCAGAGGAAAAUAAGCAAGUUGCUCCUGCUGAACUGUGCCCAAUUCUGAAGAGGCUUUAUAGAAUUCUAAUAAAAAGGGAGCUCCCAGUGAGAGACAUUCUCCAAGCCCUGAGAGACGAGACCAUGAACGAUCCCCGCGAAAGGAUCGAGAUGGCACAGAGCCAUGCGUUCUACCGCCCAUCUCUGCUCGGAAAGCCCUGACCUUGUUAGCCACUGUACAUUAUUAGAGUGUAAACAAUGGUUGGAUUAGCUCCAGCCUGUCAUGCUUCACAUCAUUUUCGAUUGAGCAAAGGCGUCUCCAGGUUUGUUCUGGCUUGCGUGCUUGGAUCCCAGGGUCCUUGAUUUGUGGUGUUGUUAGACUGUCAUGUUGUACAAGAGACUGUUCGGUCCUUAAAAUGUUACUUGGACAAUAAACAUUAGAGACCAUAAUUACCUCCA